GUUUUAGCGGGUACUUUUUUGUGUUCAUCAUAUUGCUUAAAUUACUCUGAAUAUUUAAAGAAACUAAAACUAAAAUAAUGAAUGUUGAAAAAAUGGAUUACGUGAAAAUAGAGUCUCUCGAUGGUUUAGGCGAAUGGAUCAAAAAUCAAGAUAAUGCAAAGAGCUUUGUGAAUUUCACCAUUCCAGAAAUUUGCAAAACAGAACCGUGUAUUCUCGGAGUUGAUGAAGCAGGACGAGGUCCUGUUCUUGGACCAAUGGUUUAUGGAAUUGCAUUUUGUCCCAAGAAAAAAGAUGAAGCUUUGAAAACACUCGGAUGUGCAGACUCCAAACAGUUGACGGAAGAAAAGAGAGAAGAAAUUUUCGUAGAUUUGAACAAUGAGGAAUAUGCAAAGAGUUGUGUUGGAUGGGCUGUCGAAGUAAUUUCACCGAAUGUUAUAAGUACAAGCAUGAAUCGCCGUGUAAAGUAUUCGCUCAAUGAAGUUUCCAUGGGUUCAGCAAUCGAUUUGAUCAAAAAAGCUGUAGAAUUGGGCGUAAAUGUAAAGGAAGUUUAUGUCGAUACUGUUGGUCCUCCCGAAAAAUAUCAGGCAAAGUUGAAAGGAAUUUUUCCCGACUUUAAAAUUACUGUUGCAAAAAAAGCUGAUUCAACAUAUCCAAUCGUUUCUGCAGCAAGUAUUUGUGCGAAAGUCAGUCGAGAUCAUGCUUUGAAAGUAUGGAGUUUUCGCGAAGGAAUCGAACUCGAAGAAGGAUUUGGCAGCGGAUAUCCGGGAGAUCCCGCAACUAAACGAUUUUUAGAUAAUGUUGAACCUGUUUUUGGAUUCCCAAGACUUGUAAGAUUUAGUUGGUCAACCGCGACAAAAGCAUUAGAGCACAAGGCGUACUCCGUUGAAUUCGACGAAGAAGAGGAAGAAGAAAAGCCAAAAAAAGUAAAAAGUAAACAAAUAACACAAUUCUUUGGAGAUGCAACAAAGCAAAGACACUUGUUCUUUAAGGAACGUUGUUUAGAAAAUAUUGCAAAAAUUUAAUAAAAGCUUGGGUAAUUCUUU